CGUCACGUCACAGUCACUGUCACAGAAAGUGUUAACUCCUCAUUCUUUAACUAUUUGGGGAAAUGCCCCCAACAAUCACUAACUUGUUUGGAUUUGAACUGGGUCUUUGCUCGGCUUCGUCCUGAAGCAUCAGAAUUGUCAAAAUGUGCUCAAGAUAUUUGGGAUUUAUUCUUCUGGUUUGGUUUCCAGGAGCACUACACACACAAAGUGCAGCUCAGCCUUGUCCUGCUCCCUCACUGGUCAAUGGUUAUUUCCUCCCUGUUAAAGAAACGUAUACUCAUGACUCUAAGCUCACCUAUGCCUGUGAAAGCCCCCUUAAACCAGCUGUGGAGGGUUGGUGGGCAUGGAGUGUGUGUCAAAAUGGCACAUGGUCUCCUACGCCACGAUGUAUCGAGGAAAAAGCCUGCAUUCCACCAACUAUUGAUAAUGCAAAAUACACAGAGGCCUCAGAAGGUUGGUACGAGGAGGGAGACAUCAUCAGGAUCACAUGUGACAAAGGAUAUGAACACAAAGACAACAUCGCAACAGCCAGAUGUAGAUAUGGGACAUGGGUCUCUUUGCCCACCUGUGAGAUGAGCACCAAAUCGUGCAGUGCGCCCCCUAAAGCCCCACAUGCUGUAAUCGUUGACCAGGGAUACCAGGAGAUGUUUCCUGAAGAUGAAGGAGUGAAAUAUGAAUGUGAAGAUGGAUACAGCAUCGAGGGAUCACACAAUUAUACACUUUUCUGUCUGGCUGGAAUCUGGACUGAAGGCCCAAUGUGCAGUAAAGAGACAGGACGAGGUGGUGGACAUGGUGGUUCUGCUGAGGCAGGAACAGUCGGGGGACACAGCACGUCCUCUGGAAGAGUGACACAACCUGCGGGUGGAGGAGCUGGAGGAAGCAGACCAGAUAUUGGACAUGGUGGUUCUGUGGAGGUGGUCCCAGGUGGGGGACACAUCACGUCCUCUGACCCUGGGACACAACCUGGCAGUGGAGGAUCUUCCAGCACCUCUGCAAACAGGCCUCUCUUCACAUCGAUCGAACACUGUGGGAAACAUCCAAUCGUUCCUAAUGGUGUCGUUGUGGAAGAGAAACCAAUGUAUUUGAAAUUUAAGUGUCAGGCUUUUUACAAACAAGUCGGUGAAGACACUGUGGUGUGUUUCAGUGACGGCUCUUGGUCAAAAGUACCCGUCUGCCAAGAUGCAUUUUGUGUCUUGGAACCUGGUUAUUAUGAUCAGAGUUCAAAGGUUUCUCUGGCUAUGUAUAUAAAAGAAGGAGAGACGAAACAUAUUCCAUGUCCUUGGGAGGAUUGGAGCGUGGCUGUUCAUUGCUCCAAUCGCAGAAUCACUCAUACUCGCUGCUGUAGAAGUUAUUACCAUCGUAUGGUAACUUGCACCUAAAGCACAGCGAGGGAGCUCCUCCUGCCUGUUGGAUGACUCAUCAACGACUGACAACCAAAGCCAAGCAGGAAACUGAUGAAAUCGCUGCAGCAGAAAACAACAGUGGAUUCUUUUUUAACCAAAUGUAUUUCAAAGAUCCUCACAGUGUUGGAGCUUGGUGCUGUUUGACAGCUUGUAUCUUCAUAACUGGAGCACAUGAUCAAUACUACUUAUACACUGUGCUGGUGUAUGGCUACAGUAGUUUGAAUAAAAUGUCCACUAUACAUUCCAACAGAAA